CCUUCUGUAGUGGCGGGACCAAAACUGGACGCAAUACUCCAGGUGUGGCCUCACCAGUGCCGAAUAGAGGGGAAUAAUCACUUCCCUCGAUCUGCUGGCAAUGCUCCUACUAACUAACUUCUUGUUAACAUCUGGAAAUGCAGGCAGCCAGGGUGCAGUCUAUGUUACUGUGCCACGGCCCGUGCCCAGCAUGCUGGGCAGCUAAUGAGAAGCAGCUGGCUCCACCUCAACCCCUCCGGAUGCCCUUUAAACAACACAGAUCUUGAUUUUCAAAUGUAUGUGCGGCACUGCCUGUUUUGUAUGCGUGUGUGCAUGAAAAUCCAGGAUUUUGCAUCAGAAUUUGCAGGCACACAUUUGGCAGCAGAUAUUGUAGAUCUAUCCUGGGACACAAGAAGGAUUUUGGACACGGUGUAAGCUGCUGCACUUGGAAUCCAGUGCCAUUCAAAGAUCAUCCUUACAAGCUCCCCACAGAUCAGUCUGGGGGAAAUUUGGCACUUGAAAUUUACAUAAGAUUAUUUUUAAAUCAAGCAAAUUACCAGGAUCUUCUUUCUGUCAACCCAAAAGGGGCUUAUAAAGAAGACAACAUGAACUGGAGAAUGUGUGCUGUGGUUAUUUGUCAUCUCUCCCACUUCCUGUCUGGUGCUGGUUCCAUAAAGCAGCUAGGUGUUAAACUGCCUAUAGAUUUGCUCAGAGGAGCAUGAGAGUAUAACCCAUAUUUAGAGCAGCUGCAGAGACCUUUACAAUCAUUUACAGUCCUUGAAAUAUGUAUUUGCUAAAGCAGCAAAAUACAAAUAAAUAAACCAAGAAGAGAGAAAAGUGGAUUGAAACUGCAGUUUAGUGUGCAGAUGAAACAAAAAUAUGUCAUGGGGAGUUAAUGAAGAGGAAGUCCAGCCCUUAGAACUUGCCUGACUAUUUAAAUAUUUUAAAUCUUAUACUACAUGAAGAAACAGUCUUUCUCCACAAGGUCAUUUGUACUAAACCUUUAAAAACUUAAGUAUAUACAAAGAAAAAAACUUAGAUGUCCAAAAUUGUACACAGCUGUAACUGCUGAAUUUACAAGAACAACGGGAUGUUUUGUCUAGUAAAAUAUUCCCCAUUAAGAUAGCUUUAAACUUGAAAAAUACAAGAAAAAUUGUACUAUUAAUUCCAAAUCAGGAAUAGAGGGAUCUUGUAAAGAUUGGAUUUGGUAUCUAACUCAGUUCACCCUAUGGAUGUCAGAGGGACCACAAUUGUAGACAUUAACCCAUUUGCUUCAUCAUAUCAUCAGUAAAUAUUUCCCUCAUUCCAUCUAAAAUAAGCUGGAAUUUAACUGGGAAAAAAAGUUGUUGCAGCUCCAAUCCUCCAUUGGGAGCUGGAGCUUGUCAUCUCUUCUGCACCUCCCUCACCAACCGGAUGAACAUGAAAGAUGUUUCUCUUCUGUCUUGUAAUCUGAUUUAAAACUUCAUCUUGAUCAGUUACAAAGCGGAGCACAGUCAGAAGGGUUCAACAUAUGCAUUUAUGAACUAAACUUUUUUGCUUCAAUAAAGGUUUGGAUAUAGGCAAACAAAAGCCCUUUCUAUUGAUUUGGUUAGGUGAAACUUUACCAUUUCUUCUAGUAAAGUGAGCCAAGUGAUGGGAGGAUUCUCUCUUUCAGACUCUUCAUUCAGGCCUAGUUCACAGAUGGUGGACUUCUCCAAAGCCUCCAGCCUACAAUAUAAAGGAACAUUACCGUGUAUUAUAUUGUAUUAUAUUGUUUGACAAAGAUUUACUAAUUUGUGGCCAGAUUUUAUCUGCCUAUGCUUAUAUUUUAUCUAUCAGCAUGCAUUAAAAUAGCACCCAAAGACAUCAAUCAGAAUUGGCACCCCCGUGUACUGUGGCGCUUUUCAUACAUACAGGAAAAAACUGUCUUUGUCCCUGAAGAGUUUACAGUCUAAGACAAGACACAGGAAGUGAGUGUGAUGAACAAGAGGAGAGAAGUGGGAAGGAAAGCCAAGGCUAGUAAUAAGCUCAUACUGGUACAUAGGUUCACUGGAGGUUUGAGCCUGUAUCCAUUGAAGUCAAUGGGAGUGUUGUCCUUGAUUUAAUUGGGUCAGGAUUAGGCAUUUCGUGGGUAAUGUGAUUGAAAUAAUUAGAAAGUUUUCCCCCCACAAACAAUCAGUCAAUAUCAGCUCUUCCUAAGCACCCUUCAACAUGGUCAUCGUUGACUGGCUGGUUGCUGGACGAUAUCCCAGCAGAAGUGUGGAUGAGGAGUCCGAGAGAGGAGAAUGUGUUGGCCUUACGGAUCAGUUCUGUAUGUAGUGAGCAACAUGGAGGGAGCAUGAAACCCUUCUUGGGAGGAGCAGAGCAAUGGCUGCCCAAGUCUGAAAGGACGAAAUAAUGGCCCUAGGAGUGUGAGUGGGGAGAUGCUCGGUUACAAUUUAAUAAAUUCCUUAUCACAAUCUGAUGAACUUGUGACUCAUUUCUCUGCCCCUGUGCUUAGGCAGUGUGGCAUUUAGGGUUCUAGCUAGUACGUCGUAUUGUGUAGCAGGGUUUGAUGAAGAGCCAGCUUUCAUUUUCUGCAAAGCCAAGCCCACUUGUUUCCAUUUACUAGAACAGGAAGCUUAGAGGGCACAAGUACUCCUGCGACUGCAAGCUGCCCAGACCAUGGAGGUCCUGCACUUAGCUCUUUGUUGCCUAUGGCUUCUCCUGCAAAGAACAGCUGUGGCAGCUGGGUCCAUAAGAGUCCAGUGUGGGGAAACAGCAAUCCUACCCUGUCCCACUGCUGCUGGAGGGCUGCACAACUACUGGGCCAUUGGCUGGUACAAGGUAGCCAAUGAGAGUCAUGAAACGGGGCUGAUUCGGAGACAUGAGAACAGCACGCAUGUGUAUUCAGGGACCCAGAGGGAGUUCCUGAUGGAUGUGCAGCAAUCCCUGGUCAUUCCUGAGGUCCAGCUGGAGGACUCUGCUGUGUACCGCUGUUCCCUGUGGGCCAGAGUUGGGCAUUUCAAUCAGCAGGCAGACAUUAUCCUGCAGGUAUCAGAGUGCUCAACUCUCCCGUCGGUCACAUUACCCAGGGGGACUCUGCUGCUGGAUUCAGAGCACGGGAGCAGCGUGAGCCCGAAUUCCACCUGCUGCUGGGGGAAACCGGUUCCUGUCCUUGCUACUGUCCUGGGGCUGCUGGCUCUCAACUUGGGGAAAGGGCUGCUCAGCCUUGCCUUUGCUCUGGUGAUUGUCGUCAUUCUGCAAGGAAAAAGAAGGAAGAAAAUAGGAGAAAGCCUUUAAUGGAGAAGUGAGAAGACGAUGGAAAGAGAGAGAUUUGCUUCUUUGACAGAGGACUUGGAACUUGCUUGCAGGAACUGGGAACAGCUGCGUUUUCAGCUUGAACCUUUCGCACUGUAAGUAGGGUCAGAGCUUAAGUGACUCCAGUAGCUUUGAAUGACUUGAAGUCAGCUAACUUUACCCAUAGCCGCAAGUCUGCUUUUAGGAUUUCCUUUUGGAAAACACGGUGUCUGCCUCGAAUGUCCCAACUCCAAGCUCGGGCCUUGGGGGACGUGCGCAACGUUUCUAUCCAGACACCAGACUCUCACUCCACGCUCGCAGCCGCUUUGAGGCAGUGAGUGAACAUGAUCAACAGAGAAGAAGCUGGUCAGAUUGGAGAAAGAGAGGUACCAUCUGCUCUCUGUGGGACGUGGACUCCUGAUGUUUUCCUCAGAGUUCUGUAUAUUGUUUUAAAAUACA